ACUGUAACUAGUAGAGUUAGCAGUGUUUACUUCCGGGCUCUCGGACUGGCACACAAAAAAAGCUUUCAAUUUAUUUACCUUGAUAAUAAAAUACAAGCAACAGUGUAUUUACAAUAUGUCAAAAAUGCAAUUGCUCAAUAUGUUUCUGCGCGAGCGAUUGACAGCGGCUGCUGUAGAGAUAUUUGGAGUAGUUGAAAAGACGAUAGUGGAAUAUCAAGAAGAAAUCACCCGUUCGAAGGAAGAGAACGAACGUUUACAGAAAAUGUUGGAUAUGGUCAUUAAACCUCAAGUCAAGUUACAUAGAGCAGACCCUAGGCAGCACCAUGUCUCUGAAGAAGAGGUUCCCCUUGAGCAGGAGUGGAGGAGGGAAAAUUCAGAGCUCACAGAAAGUACAGAGGAACAGGACCUCAGGACCAAUCUGGGAGAAGAGCAAAUGCAAGGGCCUGAGACUCAUGGGCAUAACAUAGAGUUCGGGUUCACUCCUCCUUGUGUGAAAGGUGAUUUUGUCCAGGACCCUUGGCCCUCACACCUUUUCCAAACCCAAAUUGUGGAGGACAAUGAGACGAAUAAUCUAUCAAGCACCCUAGUGGAACACAUUAAAACAGAACCUGAUGGAGGAGAGGACUAUGGAGUACUAACGAGUGACCCACAGCUCAUGUUUGCAGUAAACGCACACUGUUCUGCAGCUCCGAGUGAAAACAUGCAUGGAACAGAGAUUGGAGGCCCUCUGCAACGGAAAACAAAGACUGGAAGACCAUUCAGACAUAUAGGAACGCUGUCUGAACUUAAGAAGAGACGCGCUUUGUAUGAGCGAUUUCGAUGCCAUGUCUGUGGAAAAGGGUUCCCAGCAAGGAAUGGUCUGGGAGACCACAUGACAACUCAUACAGGGGAGAGACCACACAGCUGUCACCUCUGUGGGAAAGGUUUCAAAGUGAAGAGUCAUCUGAAAGAGCAUAUCAGGGUUCACACAGGAGAGAAACCCUUUGUCUGUCCAGUCUGUGGGAAAGCGUUCAGGCAGGAUGCCCAUAUGAAAGGACAUUUGAGGGGGACUCACAAGGAGAAACCAUACAGAUGCCAUGAUUGUGGCGAAAGCUUCAGUCAGAUGGGAGAGAUGCAAGUGCAUAGGACAGUGUGCUGUGGUCCAAUUGUCCUGGGCCCAAAUUUGAUGUAACUUUCACUCCCUUGAUGCCUUUGGUGACCAGGACGUUUUAGACUUGCAGCCAUGAUAAGGACCAUUCAAAUGUGUUAUUGAACAAACAAAGGAAGAAUGAUCUGUCCACAGUUAUAAAAGUUUGAGAGAGCAUCUCCUAUAUUGUCAAAAUUCAUAAAUGGGAGGGGAGUUUCCAGAAAGCAUGUAGCCUAUGUGGUUGUCUGUAUGUGGUGGUUGGCAAGUGUCAGUGUCCCAUGAGAGAUAGUUGUCAAUUUAAGUAGUUCUAUGGUACCUCAUAUUGUAUAAAUAUACCCCAAAAAUAUUUGUGGAGCACUCCGAGUCCCUGAUUGAGAGGUAUGUGACCCAUUUUGUGGGCUGUCAAUAAUAUUCUGGAUAUCUUGGAUAUCAUUUCCCCCCUCCUGUUAGCUUUCUAUGUCUUUUUGUGAGAGUGGAAGACAUUCUCAAUUUUGGAGAAUAUCUCAUAAGAUGGGUAAAAGUAAUGUACAACAAUCCUUUAUGUAAAAUAAUAAAUAAAUGGUUACUUCUCUGAUAAAUUUGAAUUGUCAAGAGGCGUAAAACAAGGUUGCCCUCUGUCACCAUAACUAUUUAUUAUGGCCAUUGAACUGUUAGCUUUAAAAGAUAACAUUAAGGGGCUAAAAAUUAAGGAAUUAGAGACAAGAGUAUCAGUAGGCAAAUGAUUUGAAGUUAUCUUCAAAUCUUCAACCUUGAAGUGCCUCGUUGAGGACCUGGAUAACUUCUCCAAUUUCUCUUGACUAAAAAGUGUUAUAUUAUGGAUUGGGUCUCUAAAAGAUAAACUUUAAAUUGCCAUGUGGUCUCCCAAUUAAAUGGGCAGUUGGUGAAGUUGAUGUGUAUAUCCUGGAAAAGUUAAGCAACUAAUUUUGAUUAAAAAAAAACAAUCUUGAAACUGUGGAGGGAAAAACCUAUCCAUUUACAAGAAGAUUACCCUGAUUAAUUAUCUAGUGACAUCGCAGUUUAAAUAUUUAUUCUUGGCUCUACUGACUCCAGGAGAAUCCUUUUUCAAAUCAUGUGUGAAAAAAACAUCACUUUCACAAAUACCAUACCCCCCCCAAAACAAUUAUAACCUUCCAUUCUUGUAAUGUCUUGGUGAUAAGAUAUUUGUGUGUGUAACUUUCUCACUCAUCACUAUUCAAUCAGGACUAUGCAUAAUCAUGGUAGCAUCCAAAUUAAUGUAGAAGGGUUCAGAAACAUUUUAUUCUUAUUUACAAUAAAAGUGACUCCAAAAUGACACAAUAUAUUUACCAUUUCAUUUCUAUUGGGCACAAAAUUAUCUGAAACACAACCAAAACAAACAGAAAAUGCAUCCAACAAGUUUGUAGAGUCACAAGCGUGAUGUAAUCAUUGCAUGCUAGCAAUAUGGGACCAAAUACGACACUUUAAUACACAAGUGAAUUUGUCCCAAUACUUUUGGUCCCCUACAAUGGGACUAUGUUCAAAAAGUGCAGUAAUUUCUAAACGGUUCACCCGAUAUGGAUGAAAAUACCCUCAAAUUAAAGCUGACAGUCAUUGUAUAAUUUCAAAUCCAAAGUGCUGGAGUAGAGUGCCAAAACAACAAAAACGUGUCACAACAAUUGACACAUUUCGUUAAUUUCAAUUUAAGCUAUUAUAUAAAAUACUUGCUACAAAAAUAAUGCUCAAUAUAUGGGGCAUUGAAUAGUCAGCCUUGUGCAGACUCUGCCACGAGGAAACAGAAUAAAGAUAACAUUUUCUAAUACUGUUCCUCAGUGGCUUGCUUUUGGAGUCAGGUCCAGGAAUGAUUGUUCUAUCAUAAUAUCAGGGUUCAGAUGGACCUGCAAACUGUAUUGUUAGAGGAUCUGAAAAACCAUGAUCAGUGAGUGGGAAAUAUCAUUAUACUCUUGGGUAAAGAAAUUUAUUUUUAGGGCACUAUCGGUAGAGAUGUUACAAAUAGGGAAGUUAUGGACCCUUGUAAUUCAGUAAAAUGGAUGGAUUUAAUGCAAAAAUAAAUUGCAUAAGGGCAUACUGGGAAAAAUCUGGGGCGGCAGCCUAGUGGUUAGAGCGUUGGGCCAGUAACCGAAAGGUUGCUAGAUUGAAUCCCCGAGCUGAUAAGGUAAAAACAUGUCGUUCUGUCCCUGAACAAGGCAGUUAACCCAUUGUUCCUAGGCCGUCAAUGUAAAUAAGAUUUUUUUUCUUAACUGACUUGCCUAGUUAAAUAAAGGUUAAAUAAAUAAAAUAUCUGUGGACAUCGGAGGGUUGGAGUCAAUGAAUGGUGGAUUGGCUACUGUGGGUGAAAAUCCAUCACUUGAAGAAAGAGGGAAUUAUUAUUUAACUACAGGUACCGUAGAUGUGAGCGAAAAUAGCUAUAAAUAGCAGUAGAAGUAUUGUUGUCCGUUAAUUUACUCCAAUCAGAGUAGGGAUGAUAGGGUAGGGGGGGAAAAAGUGUGAUCAUACUGUAUAUAAAAUGUAAAAAAGCCAGAGGCAUAUACUGUAGAUUUUAGACCUGAGCCCUAUACUACGAAUGCAGUUUGAGGGGUUAGCGAGGUAACUUUGGUCAAUGCUGAGUUCAACUUGGAAUAACCAGUACCACAAAUGUGGCUCACAUUUUAGCCCGGUAAAUUUCUUUGGCAUUGCUCCGGGGCAGGCUAAAUACAUUUAUCCUGAAUGAAGUGUCUGAGGCGCGAAUCGAGGACCAAUUAAAUAAUUUGAGGAAGACAACUGAUUAAAUAUUGUAUUAAUCAAAUGUUUUUAUUUGUAAAUAAAAAUUGUCAUGUUAAAAUACCUAGCACAUUACACUUAAAUUACAAAUGCAUUGGAAACUUCACGCACAGUAAAACUUAUGACUUAACAAUUAUUUUUAUCAUAUGAGUGGGAAAUAAGGUGAUCGUGCAUUGAUAACCACACCAAAGUAAUAAAAUAAAGACGGUGCUGUUAAAAGUUUAUUUCAUUUUGAUUUCAGCACUGACGUGGACAUGGAUUGAUGUUUCAGCAUUGUCUCAAUGAAGAGUUUGACUAGCCACGUGACAGGCACGCGCAGUUACAAGCCUGCUAGAGUUAGUGGCAGGCGGACGAGAAAUCUCCACCGUAGUAGUACGGAUGAAGCCUGAGCUGGAAUGGGACGCUAACUGAAGCUGGCUAGCUUUAGAAAACCCUGCGUAGAUCUAGCUUGCUUCAUAGUAUAACCCCUUUCGAAGAAUGUCAGUUCUCAAAUUGAGAACUAUGUUAGAAAAAUAUUGACUAUUAUUGAAGGGAAUUAAGUUUGUGUACACCUAUUAAUUAUUAAAACCAAUUUGUUCACUGAAA